GAAACUAGCUACCUUCGUUGGAGAUCAGAGGUCCCCUUCUUCUUUGUUUUUUUUUUUUUUGUCUUUCAAUUAUGUCUUACUCUCAGAAAAUGGGAGGAAAGAGAACUCAAACUGAUUCAGGAAGCAGAUCGUCAAGCUCAUCCAUUUUACAAGAUGAUCAAGAAGGCUUUUCACCAACCUCAUCAAACGCACUGGUACUUGUCCAAAACCCACCAAUUGUCUCCUCCUACAAUGAGAGAAUCCGCCCCAUGCUUGAUGCCAUUGACAAGCUCCGCAACCUCAUGGUUAUGGAGGAAGGCAUACAGCUGCCCACCAUUGUUGUUGUGGGAGACCAGUCAUCUGGCAAAUCCAGUGUUCUUGAGUCCCUCGCCGGCAUCAGCCUUCCACGUGGAUGGGGAAUCUGCACAAGGGUUCCUCUCAUAAUGAGGCUUCAGCACCACUCUGAUCCUGAACCAGAGCUUUCACUGGAGUACAAUGGCAGAGUUGAGCACACUGAUGAGGACAAUAUUUCUGAGGACAUUGUGAAUGCCACCAAUCUGAUUGCUGGGGACUGUAAGGGAAUUUCAGACACCCCAUUGACCUUGUUGGUGAAGAAGAAUGGUGUGCCUGAUUUGACCAUGGUUGACCUCCCUGGAAUCACUAGGGUUCCAGUUCGUGGCCAGCCUUUGAAUAUCGCUGAUCAGAUCAAAGAUAUGAUCAUGAAGUACAUAAAACCAGAUGAGAGCAUCAUUUUGAAUGUUUUAUCUGCUUCUACUGAUUUUAGCACAUGUGAGUCAAUUAGUAUGUCGCGGAGGGUGGACAAAACUGGUGAGAGGACUCUGGCUGUGGUUACAAAGGUUGAUAUGGCACCAGAGGGACUGCUGGAGAAGGUUACAGCUGAUGAUGUGCAUAUUGGUCUUGGCUAUGUCUGCGUAAGGAACCGGAUUCGAGAUGAAGAGUAUGAGGAGGCGAGGGCUAUUGCGGAUCGAUUAUUUGAAACUGAUCCUUUUCUUUCGAAGAUUGAUAAGUCUAUGGUUGGGAUUCAGGUUUUGGCUGACAAGUUGGUCCAAAUUCAAGCUGCUAGUAUAGCUAGAAACUUGCCUGAUAUUGUAAAGAAGAUCAAUGACAAGCUGAAUUCUUACCUUUCAGACCUCAACAAAAUGCCGAAAAAGCUGUCAUCUGUUGCUGAGGCCAUGACUGCUGUUAUGCAGAUCAUUGGAGCAUCCAAAGAAUCACUUAAGAAAAUUCUUGUGAGGGGAGAAUUUGAUGAGUUCCCGGAUGACAAACACAUGCAUUGCACGGCUAGGCUUGUUGAGAUGCUCAAUAAGUGCUCAGAUCAGCUUCACGAGUGCAAUGUGAGUGACCCCAAAAGUAAUUUCUUAAAGGAGGAGAUUGCAAUUUUGGAGGAGGCAAAAGGUAUAACCCUUCCCAAUUUUGUUCCGCACAAUGCUUUUCUUUUAGUCUUGCAGGGUAAAGUUAAGGGGAUUUCGAGCAUACCUAUUGAGUUUGUUGAGCAGGUUUGGAGUUAUAUUGAGGAUGUGGUUUUGUCUGUGUUAAUAAGAAAUACAGAAAACUAUUACCAUGUUCAAUUGUCUGCCAGAAGAGCAGGCCAUAAUCUUAUUGAAAAGAUGAAACAAAGGUCGAUUAAUUGGAUGACGGAGAUAGUGGAAAUGGAGAAACUAACUGAUUAUACAUGUAAUCCGGAAUAUAUAUCCGAAUGGCAUAGGCUCAUGACUGAACAAGAAACAUUCAUAAAAAAGGUCUUGCAUGAUUAUCUGAUACUUGGACCCAACGCUAAGAUAAACAUAAAUGUAGAGGGAAUUGGGAUGGUUGAAGUUGGAGGUCUAAGGAAGUACCCACAUGUCCUAUUGUCUCAAGCUUUCGACUUGAAAAUGCGGAUGACUGCGUAUUGGAAUGUUGUGCUGAGAAGGUUGAUUGAUAUCAUGGCUUUGCAUUUGCAGCUGAGUGUUUCAAACUUUGUGAAUAAGGACAUGGAGAUUGAGAUUAUGAAUGACCUACUGGGACCUAACCAUGGUGGUGGGAUUGAGAGGAUGCUGGAGGAACCUCCAUCAAUUGCAGUGAAGCGCCAGAAGCUCAUCAAGAGCAUCAAAAAGCUCAAGGAGUCUAAAGAGGUUGUGUGUAAGGUCAUGGACGACAGGUUUACUCACACCGAUUACCUUGUGUGAUAGAUAACUAAGGAGUCCAAUUAAAUUAUGGUAUGUUUCGUGUAAAAGAAGGCAUUUUGCCAAUGAUGUGUGGUUGAUCUGUUUGUACUUAAUUAUGGAUCUGCAUUUUGUUUAUCAUGUACCUGGUUGGUUGAUGUUCUUGUGUGGAUGAUCUGUUUCUACUUAAUUAUAAGCACAUUCUGUUUUUGUC